AUGAAAUUUCAGCUUCAUCGACGCACUUUCUAUGAUGAUCAUUGUGGAGUAGAUGAAGCAUUAGAUGAACCAGGUGUAACUGGUGAUGGCUUAGUGGUCAGAGGAAGGCACUGGAUCUUAUUGGAUACACCUGAUCACUCAUCAAAAAUGCAUCGUCCAUUAGCAUUCGAGUUGUACCAUUCACCAGUUCUUUCAUUCGCCCCACUGAAUAUGCCCAUUGAACAAUAUCGCGCUUCAUACAAUACACUUUAUUCUGGAUUAACUCGCUCGCUGCCUGAUCACUUGAAUAUUGCUACGCUUGAACAAUGGACUGGCAAAUCGCUAUUGCUUAGACUCGAACACAUUUAUCAGAACAACGAAGACACCACACUGUCACAACCUGUCACAGUCGAUGUUGAGGUUUUGUUUUCUCAUUCUCUUCGCCUUUACUCUUAA